CCUAAUCCUCUUCCGUACAUAAAUAUAGCUUGGAUACAUUGUAAUUAUCCUGGUUUCCUUACCUAGGCUACAGGUGAAAGUGUUGUACCGAGUCUCAACACAGGCUGGAUAACCAUGAGCGAACUCAGCGGUGGAGGUUUGCCGGAGCCCAAGAUUGAACAGCUCAGGGCCAAGCUAAAUAUGCUUCAACAAGAGAGAAAACAUCUAGAUGAGGAAAUCAAAGUCGCCAAGUCUACCAGUGACGUACUAUUAAACGACCUGAAAGCUUUGCUCACUGAAGUUAAUGAACUGGAAGGAAUACAUGAAUAUAAACAAGGGAUGUGCAGAAAGUUGCAGCUGCAGUGUGAAGAGUCUGAACAAGAACUUGACAGGCAGUUAAAUCAGACCAAGAUGACUGAAAAGUUGAUGGAGCAGCACAGAUGUGAGAUCCAGGAAGUCAAGCUGAAACACAGGAAACUCCGAAUGAGAUUUGAAAAUCAACUUCUGCAACUGAUAGAGCAGCACAAGCAACUUGACUUUGGCUUUAAUCCAAAGAGACUUCCCGAUGAAUUGCAGAAGUCUGAAAACGCAAAAUAUCAGCUUUUAUCAGCUGAACAAGUGAAGCUGGCUCAGCUGGACAAACUCAGCGAAGAGUUAGCGGAGGCGAAGAAACAGAAGCACCUGGAGGCUGGAGCCGCACAGAUGGCAGAGUAAACCUGCUGAGUUGUUGCUACUUUCAGGACGAUAGGAAUUUGCAUUAUUCUGAACCAGAUGCUUUGUUUGUUUAUCUCUAUAAAGUUAAAAUAUCCUUUAUUGUAGUGAUUCCUUCUAAACUAUCUGAGAUAAUUCCCUUUUAAAUUGUUGUUGGGGCUUGUGGUGUGUGUUAAUGUGGCAUCUAUUAAUCCCAAACCUGUUUUAUUUUUUUGAUCUGUGUCAGGUUUUUCUGUUCGGUAACCUGUUCAUAUUGUUUAUCUAUACAAAUGUUGAAGUCUGCACUAAACAUAUAAAAAAAAAAAAUUGAAGUUUGUUUUUUAUCUGCAACAACAAAAAUAGUAACUCAUAAUUCAUAUACACA